UUGGGCAAGUUCCCCUUCCGCUUCCUCCUGCUCCUGGGCUGUGGGUGGCUGCUCCUCGCUGCUGCCGGGGCACCUGCCAGCCUCUGCACACCCCUGGCGCCUGGGGAAGCUCUCCUGUCCUGAGCUGUCACUGCCGUCCCUCAGGCCCGGACACAAUGCAGGCCAUCAAGUGUGUGGUGGUGGGAGAUGGAGCCGUGGGAAAGACCUGCCUCCUCAUCAGCUACACCACCAACGCCUUCCCAGGAGAGUACAUCCCCACCGUGUUUGACAACUACUCAGCCAAUGUGAUGGUGGACAGCAAGCCCGUGAACCUGGGGCUGUGGGACACGGCUGGCCAGGAGGACUACGACCGACUGCGGCCACUUUCCUACCCCCAGACGGACGUCUUCCUCAUCUGCUUCUCCCUGGUCAGCCCGGCCUCCUAUGAGAAUGUGCGCGCCAAGUGGUUCCCCGAGGUGCGGCACCACUGCCCCAGCACCCCCAUCAUCCUGGUGGGCACCAAGCUGGACCUGAGGGACGACAAGGACACCAUCGAGAGGCUGAAGGAGAAGAAGCUGGCACCCAUCACGUACCCACAGGGCCUGGCCCUGGCCAAGGAGAUAGACUCUGUCAAGUACCUGGAGUGYUCGGCCCUCACCCAGCGGGGCCUGAAGACCGUCUUCGACGAGGCCAUCCGCGCCGUCCUGUGCCCCCAGCCCACGCGGCAGCAGAAGCGCCCCUGCAGCCUCCUCUAGGUGCCCAGCCCUCCCUCCCGGUGGUCCUGACCCUCGGGGGUCCCUGUCCAAAGCCCGAGGGCUCCGUGGCUGGCCUGUCCCCUC